CGGAGAGCUUCAACCUUCCGGACGGUCUCCGUUGGUGACAUUGGUCUCUGUCGAACUACCGUGAGCCGCAGUCAUGAAGCUUUGCGCUCUGAGCCCAGCCCUUUUGGGUCUUGCCGCAUCCGUGCAGGCCGCCUCGUCCUGGUCGAUUGAAUACUCCACCGUGACGGGAUUUUUCCUGCAGGAUGAGACUACGACUGAUGCGUCGUCCUUUGACUACACUGCUGUCAACUUUGGUCUCAUCAACCGUACUUAUCCCACAGACCAGUCUCUGAAGCAUCAUGGCAAGGACCUCACCCAAUGGGAGCGCUUCUAUCACCAGGUUCAGAAGCUGAAUGACGAGUCCAACAAGAAUGUUGAGUACAAGGUGCUCUUCCUCGGCCGCCAUGGCGAGGGUUGGCACAACGCCGCGGAGACCUUUUACGGUACUCCGGCCUGGAACUGCUACUGGGCCGAACUUGACGGCAACGACACCGCAACCUGGCACGAUGCCGCCCUGACCACCAACGGCGUCAACCAAGCCCUCAUCGCUCACAACUUCUGGCAGAAGGAGAUCGACGAGCAGCGCAUCCACACUCCGGAUAACUACUACGUCUCCCCGCUGACCCGCGCCCUUCAAACCGCCAAUUACACCUUCAAUGGCCUGGACCUGCCCCACGGCUCUUCCUCUUUCAAGCCGGUGGUCAAGGAACUCUUCCGCGAGGGCGUCAGCAUUCACACCUGCGACCACCGCCGCAGCAAGACCUACAUCAAGGGCCUUUUCCCCUCCUGGCGCAUCGAGAGCGGUUUCGUCGAGAACGACGAACUCUGGAACGGCGUGACCGCUGAGACCAGCGCAGCGCAGGAUGUCCGCUCCGCAACCGCGCUAGGUGAGGUCUUUUUCGCUACUAGCAGCAAGGAAGAUUCCUUUGUCAGUGUGACCAGCCACUCGGGCGAGAUUUCGUCUAUCCUGCGUGUCCUUGGACACCGCACUUUCAGUCUGAAGACUGGUGCUGUUAUUCCCGUGCUUGUUAAGGCGGAGAAGGUUAAGGCCACCGCUUCUACUACGACAGCUGUGUCGUGGACUGCUAGUCCGCAUUGCACGGCGCCCCCUGUGACUAGUGUUACGGCUUGUGUCUGCCCGUCGAGUGCGGCGCCUGUUACCACGCCUUUGGUGACGGAUGUUUAGAUGAGAUUUUGAUAGAAUGGGGCCCCGAGUCUCAUGUUACAUGUAACAAUCAUGAGUGUUUGCAUGUUGCUGUAUGAAUAUUUAAUUGUGUUCGACCACCG